AUGUAUGUGGCGAAAGAUGAAGCUGGAAAUAUUGGUAUUUGCCAAUUUGACGUUGUAGUAAGAGCAGCCGAUUGUCCAUUACCAGUUCAACCGCAUGGCGCCAACUUUACGAUUCAAACGGUUCAUAAUGGAGUCGCUCGGAAAAUAGCAUUUGUUGAGUGUUAUGAAAAUCAUACAUUUGUUCAGCCGGUACCAGCCUUCUAUACUUGCGAUUUAAUGGGCAGAUGGAUUCGCUGGUCACGUGGCAUUGAAUUCUACUUCCCGUCCUGUUCACCCUACACAGCUCCGCUGCAAAACUUCAAUGGUUGGUUUUUCUUCCGGCGGAAUUUACAACUGGCACUGUGA